AUGAUGUUCCCCCAAUUUGGAGCGACGGCGGAAUCUCUGAGCAAGGCCUCGACGGCUAUGUUCCGGAUCGGAACCGACGCUCACCUCUACGACGAUCCCGAGGACGUUAGUAUCGGUCCUCUCCUCGACAGCAAGUUCGAUUCCGAGAAAUGCGAAGCUCUCAAGCGCUUGCUCGCUCUCAUCGCUCAGGGUUUCGACGUGUCCAACUUCUUCCCUCAGGUUGUUAAAAAUGUUGCGUCUCAGUCCUUGGAAGUGAAGAAGCUCGUCUACUUGUACCUCCUGCAUUAUGCUGAAAAGCGACCGAAUGAGGCUUUGUUGUCGAUUAAUUGCUUCCAGAAGGACCUUGGGGACACAAAUCCGUUGGUGAGGGCAUGGGCGCUUCGUGCCAUGGCUGGAAUCCGCCUUCAUGUAAUUGCACCUCUUGUUCUUCUUGCUGUGCAGAAAUGUGCCAGAGAUCCUUCUGUGUAUGUUAGAAAAUGUGCUGCUAAUGCUCUUCCCAAGCUUCAUGAUUUGCGGAUGGAGGAACAUGCUUCUGCAAUUGAAGAGAUUGUUGGACUACUUUUAAAUGACCACUCCCCGGGAGUUGUUGGAGCUGCUGCAUCUGCUUUUACUUCUGUUUGCCCAAACAAUUUUUCAUUGAUAGGAAAAAAUUACAAACGGUUGUGUGAGAUUCUUCCUGAUGUGGAGGAGUGGGGUCAAAUAAUUCUAAUUGGGAUCCUUCUGCGGUAUGUGAUAGCAAGGCAUGGGCUUGUCAAAGAAUCUGUCAUGUUUUCUUUGAAUAAUAAUAAAGACGUUGGCAAUUUAGAGGAAGAUGAAUCCUAUAUUACUUCAAUCGAAGAUGCAAGUUAUGCCAUUGAUAUGACUGUAUCUGAAUUAGCGAAUAUGAUCUUCCAAUGUUACAUUGAAGGGCCAGAUGAGUACUUAUCACGCUCAAGUUCUACAAAUAGGGUUCCUCCUAAAUUAGAUGUAUCACAGUAUAUAUCUUGCAGUAAUGAUGUUGUGAGGAUCCUGCUGCAGUGUACAUCACCAUUGCUAUGGAGUAAUAACAGCGCAGUUGUUCUUGCAGCUGCCGGUGUGCACUGGAUAAUGGCUUCUAAGGAGCACAUCAAAAGAAUUGUUAAACCACUCUUGUUUGUGCUGAGAUCAUCGUCUGCCUCAAGAUAUGUGGUAUUGUGCAAUAUCCAAGUGUUUGCUAAAGCUAUGCCAUCUCUCUUUGCUCCACACUAUGAAGAUUUUUUCAUAUUCUCUUCAGAUUCCUAUCAGAUAAAGGCACUGAAGCUGGAUAUACUUUCUUCUAUUGCUACAGAUUCGUCCAUUUCAUUAAUUUGUAAAGAGUUUCAGGAUUAUAUCAGAGAUCCAGAUAGGAGAUUUUCUGCUGACACAGUUGCUGCCAUUGGUGUAUGUGCUCAACGACUUCCAAACAUGGCAGCUUCAUGCUUGGAAGGAUUAUUGACUCUGGUUAGACAAGAACUUUUUUGUGGUGAAGUUAGAUCCUUGGAUGGCGAAGAGAGCGUGCUAAUUCAGUCAAUUAUAUCCAUCAAAUCAAUUAUAAAAUUAGAACCAUCCAGUUAUGAGAAGGUUAUAAUUCGGUUAGUCCGGAGCUUGGAUAAAAUUAAGGUUCCUACUGCCCGUGCAAUCAUUAUUUGGAUGUUGGGGAAAUAUUGCUCUUUGGGUGAGAUAAUUCCGAGGAUGUUGAGUACAGUACUUAAGUAUCUUGCCCAAUAUUUUACGUCAGAAGCAUUAGAAACUAAGCUUCAGAUUCUUAAUACAACUGCGAAGGUCUUACUGUGCAUUAAGGGGGAAGAUAUUUUGACUGUGAGAAAAAUUUGGAAUUAUGUAAUUGAACUGGCUGAGUGUGACCUUAACUAUGAUAUCCGUGAUCGGUCACGUUUCUUGAAGAAAAUUCUCUCUAGUAAUUGGGAGUCUCAGCAUGGGGCAGGAGAAAAUAGUGAAUCACAAAAAAGUGACCAGUCCUAUAUACUUGCAGAAUGCUUAUUUGGUGGAGACACAAAAGCUGUGAGAGUUCCAUCUGAACCCAUUGAUUACCGAUUUUAUCUCCCCGGGUCACUUUCACAGUUAGUAUUCCAUGCAGCUCCAGGCUAUGAGCCUCUCCCAAAACCUUGUAGCCAGCCAUACACUGAUCUUGAUCAAUAUGAUGGAGCUGCUAAGAGUGAUUCAGAUGAGGAGGAGAAUACUGGCACAUCUGGGUCUUUGAAUGAGGAAAGUGCUUCAGAUUAUAGUUCUGAACAGUCUAUUACUGCUUCAGGCGGAGUCAGUGGCAGUGAUGAGUCUGUUUCUGGCAACAAAGGUGAAGAUAAUGCUGAUCCAUUGAUUCAGAUUUCAGACAGUGGCAAUGUCUGUGAAAAUCAGAAUGGUGGGGCUCCCUCUGGUACAACUGGUUUUCAGGACUUGAUGUCAACAAAGUCUCUUGAGUCUUGGUUAGAUGAACCGACCAGAUCAUCAAAAGGAAGUGAAAUAGAACAAAGCCGAGUUUGUAGAUCUUCAGCACGAAUAACCAUUGGCAAUAUAGGAAGCCGGGUUAAACCCAAAUGCUACACUCUCUUAGAUCCUGCAAAUGGAAAUGGGUUAAAGGUGCAUUAUUCAUUUUUAUCCGAUACUUCUAGCAUAUCCUCUCACCUUGUAUGUUUGGAAGUAUUAUUUGAAAAUUGUUCUUUGGAACCCAUGCUUGAUAUAGUCUUAAUAGAUGAAGAUUAUAGCAAAAGCUCUGAUUCCAAAGAUCAAAUAUCAUCACCAGCUCAAAAUACUCUUAAAUUUCAUGUCGAUAAACCAGCACUGGUUUCCAUGGAGGAGAUCCCUUCUCUGGAGCCUGGUCAGACGGAAAACCGAAUGCUGCUGGUUCGUUUCCAUCACCACCUAUUGCCUCUGAAACUGUCUUUAUUUUGCAAUGACAAGAAAUUCCCUGUCAAGUUAAAGCCUGACAUAGGAUACUUUGUAAAACCACUUCCAAUCAGUAUUGAAGAUUUCAGAGAGAAGGAAUCUCAUCUUCCAGGGAUGUUUGAAUAUGUGAGGAGUUGCACCUUUACUGAUCACAUUCUCGAGCUGAACAAGGGAAGCAACUCUUUGACAGAGGACAAAUUCCUUGUGAUCUGUGAAAAGUUAGCACUAAAGAUGCUGAGCAAUGCAAACCUUUCUCUUGUGUCUGUGGAUAUGCCGGUUGCUACCAACCUUGAUGAUGCAUCUGGUUUGUGUUUGCGUUUCAGCUGUGAGAUCUUGAGCAAUUCCAUGCCAUGCUUAAUCACAGUUACUGUUGAAGGUAAAUGCUGCGACCCGUUAAUUGUUUCUGUAAAAGUUAACUGUGAAGAGACGGUAUUUGGCUUAAAUUUCUUAAAUAGGGUUAUAAAUUUCUUAGUUGAACCAUCUGUUCCCCACUUGUAA